AUGGAUAUGGAUUUGAACGCAUCGCCGGUGCCUGAUGAUGAUGAGCAGCAGCCUUACGAUGAGCCAGUGGAGGUUGAGUAUGCUCAGGAGGAACAUGUUGAAUCUGCUGUCGCAACAUUGCGCCGGGAGCGUGAAGAGAGACGCAAGAGACUAAAGAGAGAGCAGCAGGUUGAUGGGUCAAGGUUACAUUCCCAGCAGAUUAGGAAUGAUUAUGCUCCUCAACCCAAAAGGCAUAGUCGCUUUAAAGAGGCACCUCAGGGCUGGUUGGACUGUCCUGCAUUUGGGGAGCCAAUAGAUAAAAUAAUACCAUCUAAAGUUCCUCUUGAUGAAACAUUCAAUGAGUCAGUGCCUCCUGGGAAGCGAUACUCCUCAAAGCAACUAGUUAACAAACAAAGAAAAGCUGGCCGCGAAAUAGGUCUGGUGAUUGAUUUGACAAAUACCACCCGGUAUUAUUCACCAGCAGAAUGGACGAGGCAAGGUACUAAGCAUGCGAAGAUUGCAUGCAAGGGGAGAGAUGCUGUACCUGACAAUGAAUCUGUUAAUAAGUUUGUCUAUGAGGCAAUGAUGUUCCUGGAUCGACAAAAACAAUCAAAGAAUCCUAAAUAUAUUCUGGUUCACUGUACCCAUGGUCAUAAUCGUACGGGUUUCAUGAUUAUUCAUUACCUUAUGCGCACACACGUCUCUUGUGUUGCUGAGGCGAUAAAUAUAUUUGCUCAAAGGCGGCCACCUGGCAUAUACAAGAGGGACUAUAUUGAAGCACUGUAUUCAUUUUACCAUGAGGUCCCUGAGAAUAUGAUGAUAGCAUGCCCUCCAACACCAGAAUGGAAGAGACCAGAUGAUCUCGAUUUAAAUGGCGAAGCUAAGCAGGAUGACGAUGAUGACAAUGGUGAUCCUGAACCACUGCGUAAUGAAUCAGAGGAUAAAGUAAUCACCAACGACGAUGUGUUAGGGGAUGAAGUGCCAUAUGACCAGCAAGAAGCUUUGCGUAUCCUAUGUUAUCGGUUGCUUGAAAUGCCCCUUGGAAGGGGGCAUUCACAAUUUCCUGGAUCACAUCCAGUUUCUCUUAACAGUGAAAAUCUGCAACUACUUAGACAGCGAUACUACUUUGCUACAUGGAAAGCUGACGGAACACGAUAUAUGAUGCUUAUAAUGAGAGAUGGUUGUUUCUUGAUUGAUCGGAAUUUUUGCUUCAGAAGGGUUCAGAUGCGCUUUCCCCAUAAGAGCCUCGAAGGUCUGCAUGAUAUGACCUUGAUUGAUGGAGAGAUGAUUAUAGACACGGUACCAGAUUCAGGCUUGAAGAGAAGGUACUUGGCAUAUGAUCUUAUGGCGCUUGGCGCAGUAUCCAAAACUAAGUUGCCAUUUUCUGAAAGGUGGAAAAUGCUGGAAGAUGAAAUAAUACGACCACGUUAUCAUGAGAAAAAGCAAUUUGAGAGUGGUGCUAAGAGCAAUCCGUUGUACAAAUAUGACAUGGAAUUAUUUUCGGUUAGGAGAAAGGAUUUUUGGCUGCUCUCAACAGUAAAAAGGGUUCUUAAGGAGUUCAUUCCAUCGCUUUGCCAUGAUGCUGAUGGCCUUAUAUUUCAGGGCUGGGAUGAUCCAUAUGUAACUCGUACUCAUGAAGGUCUUCUGAAGUGGAAGUACCCUGAGAUGAAUUCUGUGGACUUUCUGUUUGAGCUUACAAAUGAUAAUCGUCAACUGGUUUUCCUUUAUGAGAGAGGGAAAAAGAAACUUAUGGAUGGUGCUCGGAUAGCAUUUACUGACGAUAUAGAUCCAUCCUCUGUCGCUGGGAGGAUUGUCGAGUGCUCCUGGAAUAAGGAAGAACAGUGUUGGGCCUGUAUGCGUAUUAGAUCUGAUAAAUCGACUCCAAACGACAUCAACACAUACCGGAAGGUGAUGAGGAGUAUCACAGAUAACAUUACCGAGGAAAAGCUUCUCGAAGAGAUUGAUGAGAUAAGGCGCCUCCCGAUGUAUGCUGAUAGGAUGCAUGCUCAUACGAAGAUGGCACAACAGCGGCGAAGAUUGCCACCAUAG